AUGCAUUGCGUUCGAAUUCAUAGAGUAAUCGAUCAAAUGAUUUCAAUGUGUCGCCAUAUCGGUCUUUGGCACGAUGAAGACGACGGACUUACAUUCAUUCAAUUCGGACUGAAGUCAUUUUAUUGCGUCUAUUACAUAUUAUUCUCAAUUUCAUUCGCGAUUGGAACAAUUUCAAGCGAAACAGUAGACGAAGGCAUAUUCAUAGCAGAAUUAUCCACUAUCAUUGUUGUACUGACUGUUAAAAUUUGGUUGUUCCUUUGGAAACAAAAGAAAAUUGUGCGGAUGCUGGAUCGACUUUGCGUCUUCUCAAUUCGAAAUGACGAAGAGUUCGCAUUUUUCAAUGACAAAGUGGAAAAAUUCAAUAAAUUUGUGAUUGCAUACGUAUGUGGUGCUAUCAUUGGUUCUUUGGGAUGUUCAGGCUUUCCUUUCAUUGGGAAAAAGAAAACUUUUGUCGUGGACUUUGCGUUUCCAUUGGAUUACAAAAACAGUGAAAUUGGCUUUUGGACGGCGAAUAUUUUCUUCACUACCGAAAAUGGUCUCUCGUUUGUGGCGUUGGCGUUUUCCAUCACAACUUGGUAUUUAUUGCUGCAUUGCUCCUUAAGAUAUAAAAUUCUAGGAAUGGAAAUUAGAAAAAUGGGACGAGUCACAGUUGCCGGUGAAGGAAAAAUGACGGAAACGCAAAAACAGAAAAUGUUUCAUCAGGACUUGGUGACGUCGAUAGAAGCUCAUCUUCAUUUGAGAGGAGUAAUCGACGAAGUGGAGUCAUUUCUAUCCAAACUUUUUCUAUUACAAUUCGCCACCAGUUGCCUAUGUAUUUGCGGUUCUAUUUACUGCUUGGCAUUCGUUGUUGGUGUCAACUUUGUCGAACGCAUAGUUCACGUCUACUCGCUAUUUUACUACACUGCCGAGUUGUUUAUUGUAACGUAUUUCGGGAAUGAGAUUAUGUUGUCAAGUGAUUGCCUUACCUACAGUCUGUUUGAAUCGGAAUGGAUCGGGCAACCACAUUCCACCCAGACAGACGUAAUCAUUUUUGGUGAAUAUUUGAAGCGAUCGCAUGAGAUACUAAUCGGCAAAUUGUAUCCGUUAACUUUGGAAACAUUCACUAGGAUUUUGAAUGCAUCGUACAGCCUGUUCAACAUUCUAAAAACUGUUAAACGGUAG